GACCUUGAGAUUGAACAGUCUAGAGUUGCGGGUGGCUGGUGCCGACCAAGCAGGGCCCGGGGUCGCAGUGGAUGUGGCGCCGAAAGAGCGUAAAGAGCCAGAGGAGGUUAUGAUGUCGGAGGCAAAGCCCAUGGAUGCCGAGGAGAAGGAGAUCAAGCUGUGUGAGAGUGCUUGGAGCCUUCCGGCAGUCGUGGGAUUGGCAGAUUGUGGCAAGAUGGAUCUGCUUUUUUCCAUUACGCUGCUCUGCUGCAACAUUGUGAUGCAAGUGAUGUUUGUCACCAUUCUCUUCGACAAGAGCUUCUUGGGCUCUCCCUUUAGUGACCAGGUGAUCCAUGCGCAGGUCUGGCGUACACGCUCAGCACAUGACUACAAACACCUUGAUCUGGCAGACACCAGUUUGGUGACACGAGUCUGUGGCGAAGACAACUCCUUGUUGGUGUCCUCGAAUCAAGCAAAGCUUAUUUCUGACAUCAACAAGUUCUUAGGCUUGCAAAAGCACUCCUUCGACAUGCCCUUCUAUCGCCCAGGUGUUCAGCUUUGUAUGCUGUGCAUCAUUUUGUACAAUCUCUGCGUCUACAAGGAACUUCGUACUGUUUGGAACAGCUUUCGCGCCUUGAUGGAGAUCCCAAGAUCCAACCAUACCAUCAUGGAGGAGAACAGAUUUAAGACAAUUUCUCGGCCGCGCUUGGUCCUGUUGCUCAUUGCCCAUGCUGUACGAUUUUCGUUGGCCUGGGCUCUGUUGUUCUCCGGGGUCCAAUGGCUGGCACGGACCACGUCCAUUGUGGAUUUGAUUUUGAACGCCGUAGCACUGGCUGGAAUCCUGGAAAUCGAUGAAUUUUUCUUCGUGGCCAUGGUGCCCACAAAAGUCCAGAUGGCGAUCCAAAAAUUGGAACCGAUCAAGGUGACCUAUAAGAAGUCGCACAGUGAACGGGAGUCCGUGAUACACGGCAUCUUUCUGCUCUGUGCCAUCUUAUUACCAUGGUUCCUGUUGUUGGAGCCUCUCAGCAUGGAGAUGUUGGAGGUCAAGCACCAAAUGUGUGAUGGCAUUCAAAACUUUGUGAUCGCGUACAAUGCGGAAGUGCAAAUGGCAGUGGGCUACGUGACGACCAACGAGCUGAAAAAUGAGAUUGAGACGCUUUCGGAGUUCGCCGUUGAUUCCUUCAAGCACAAAUCCGAGAUUGAUAUGCCGAAGUAUUUCAACAUGCUGCGAAGCAAGUACGAGUUUGAAGGUGCCCGAAUCCGUUCGAUGGCCGAGGAGGCUGAGUAUUUUCCGUUCUGCUGGCAAACCGAAGUGCUACAUCCCAACGGUUCUUUUUGGAACCACGAAAACAUGACGAAGAUUAUGCAAAGUCGUCUAAAUACCAUAGCCUUCAAGUACAAUAUGCCUGAAAAUUCGACUUGUGAUGACUUCCUGCCUUUUUGCGACCGCCCAGAUGCACGUUUGCUACGCCUCAGCUGUGGCGACACUUGUGGUUGCAGCGAUCCAUCAUCCUUGCCAUGGUGGAAGGUCACAAUGACAGGCUGUGGAGACUUCUGCCUCAUGGCCAGGGCAUGGAAGAUGCGAAGCGAAACGGAGUGCCAGGAUCUAGCGACGCCGCAAAGUAACCAAAGCUGGCAUGCCUUCUGGGAUUCAUACGUCGAUGUCAUCAUAGCUUACUAUGGAAGCGAUCGGUUUGAGUUCGCCAACUAUACCACGGGUGUGGUGGACAACAUGAAGCGCUAUGGUUGUUCUUAUCUGAAGACCUUGCCACACGACCCAGUGACUAGCAGCCUCUGGUGCAAUGGAUUGGAGGAUCUGUUUUCGCCCUUGUCGUACCUGUGUCCAGAGUCCUGUGGUUGCCGGGAGACGCUUUCGCACAAGUGCCCCCUGAGCUGUGCACUGAACACCACGAACACAACGAAUUCGUACGGCUACAGUCGCUGACCCUCAGUGAAGCUGACGGUCAGUCCACGUCAAGUCCACGUCAAAUGGUACGUAAACGUGGCGAAAGAUCAGUCUAUGCGGCGAACCAUGGGGUGCGCCAG